AUGGUGGUGUUUCACGAUGAGGUGGAGAUCGAGGACUUUCAAUAUGGCAAGGACUCAGAGACUUAUUUCUACCCCUGUCCCUGUGGGGACUUCUCAAUCACCAAGGAAGAGUUGGAGAGUGGAGAAGACGUGACAACGUGUCCUAGCUGCUCUCUCAUUAUAAAAGUGAUUUAUGAUAACAGUAAGUUUAUGUGUGGAGAAACAGUCCCAGCACCUUCAACCAACAAAGAGUUAAAUGCUGAAGAAGCCCUCAGAAACCCAAAUCCUGAGCAGCAGGAAAUGAGCCCAGGUGGAUGGAUCAGGUGCUGA